GCCACCGUAUCAUCGACUUUCAGAUUCUACAAUCGCGCCCUGGUCGUAACUUGCACAUCGCAUCGUCAAAUAAUUCAAUAUGACCUUAGCUGUCGAUCUCCUUAACCCGUCCGCUGAACAUGAAAAGCGACAGCACAAGCUUAAACGCCUUGUGCAAUCUCCCAAUUCGUACUUUAUGGAUGUUAAAUGUCCAGGUUGUUUCGCCAUAACAACGGUAUUCUCCCAUGCUCAAACUGUUGUACUCUGCGCUGCAUGUGCAAGCGUACUGUGCCAACCUACUGGAGGAAGGGCAAGGCUGACAGAAGGAUGUUCAUUUCGCCGGAAGAACUAAGCUACUAUAGAUCUUAGUUCUUUAGUUCUUCUCGCUGUGCUGUGCGUUGUCCCUUUCCAAAAUUAUGUCCCUUUAGUGUGUACUAUCGAACCCUGAAUUAUCACGGGCAAAACGGGAUUGAUCGUAGUGGAACUUGUUGUAGGUAGGGAGGCUUGUAUCUACCACCAGUUUGGCUCAAAUUCCAUCACACUAUCUCUACAUGACAGAGGUUGUAAAAGUAUGAGAACAACGCAUCUAUUCUGCGUCAGAGG